AUGAAAGGCUUGGAUAAAUCCUUGGUCGCAGUAGAGUCGCCAUUCACUCUCAACAGCGGCGAUGCGUACACGGCAUGGGUGGACUACGACCCUUCACUUCGUGGCACGGUCAAGGUGUUUCUAGCCGACUCCAAAGUGAAGCCAGGUGUGCCGCUACUGCAGAGUCAGCUGUCGCUGUGUACGGUGCUGCAGCCUAGUGUGCAGCAGUCCGCGUUCUUCUUUGGCUUUGUGGCAUCCACCACUGUGAAGCCCUUUCAGAGGCAUGCAAUUUUGAAGUCUGGCGUCACCGUUGGCCUCGAAUUAGCGCCGGGCGCAUUUGCACCACCCGGAGCCACCCCUUUCUUCCGCUAUGUGAGCACGGACUACGAGUUGGCAACCACCAACGAUGACUCUUGGCGCAUCCGUGACUUCCAUACCUGGGACUCGCUGGCCUUCCUUGGCUGGCCUGUGAAGGAUCAGGUGGCUUGCAGUGCAUGCUGGGCGUAUGCGGUGGUGGCGAGUGUGGAGGCAGCAUAUGGCAUUGCAACGAAUCAGAUCGCUCCUCAGCUGUCAGUGGAGCCACUCUUUGCAGCCAUGGGGCUCACCGAUACAAAGUGCAUUGCUGGAGGCUCCCCCACUGCGGCUUUUGAGAAGCUUGUGACUCUUGAUGGCAGCAGUGGACUCAGAGGAGGCAGUAACCAGGCAACACCAUAUCCGGUGCAUGCAUUUGAGCGGGCGUACUUCAAAGGGUAUGAGGGUCUCAUGCUGGCAGUGCGGCGCCAGCCAGUGGUGGUUCACAUCGAGGCCUUAGCUGACACGUUCAUCAUCUAUGAUGGGACAUUCAAGUACCAAGAUCCUGCUUGCUACACUGGCAGUCUGAACCAUGUUGUACUCGUCAUUGGCUACUUCAUCAAUAGAGAUGACGGCAGCCAGGGACGCAUUGCUCCUCCGUUUUGGAUCAUCCGCAACUCGUGGGGAGUUGAUUGGGGCGACCGUGGCCACAUGCGCAUGGGCAUUAUGGGAGGGGAUGGCGUGUGCGGCAUCAACGUAUUGCCUGGCAUCUACCCUGUUGUCAAGA